AUGCCGUCCACCACUGUCCUCUCUCGUGAACCUGAAUCAAUAGGGGACACUGCCAAUGGGAAGGCCAAAGCCAAGGCCAUCCCCUACGUGGUCGAGGACUGCCUGGGCGUCAUGAAGCUGCUCAGCGACGGCACGGUGAUCCGCUCCGCGCCGCCGCCUUUCCCCGCCGGGGCCAACUACGACGACGGCCGCGUCGAGUGGAAGGACGCCGUGUACGACGCCCAAUACAACCUCGGCGUGCGCAUCUACCGGCCACGGCUCGGCCAGGUUAACAGCAAGCUGCAGCUGCCGGUGCUCGUCUACUUCUACGGCGGGGGCUUCGUCUUCGGCUCCUACUCCUGGCCAAAGAACCACGCCGGCUGCCUCCGCCUCGCCUGCGAGCUGCCCGCCGUCGUGCUCUCCUUCGACUACCGCCUCGCCCCCGAGCACCCUCUCCCCGCCGCCAUGGAGGACUCGGCCACCGCGCUCCGUUGGCUCGCCACCCGCAUCUCCUCUCGGUCCGACCCAUGGCUGGCCGAGGACGCCUGCAUUUUCCUCGGCGGCCAGUCCUCCGGCGCCACCCUCGCGCACCACCUGCUACUCCGCCCACACCCCAUGGUAAAGAUCGCCGGCUGCAUCCUGCUCAUGCCGCCCUUCUUGUCGGAGACGGCAACCCAGUCGGAGCUGGAGACGCCGGACACCGCCUUCCUCAGCCUCAAGAUGUCCGACAAGUAUUUCCGCCUCAUGAUGCCGGUGGGGGCGAACAAGGAUGACCCGCUGGUUAACCCAUUCGGCCCGGCCAGCCCGAGCUUGGAGACGGCCGACGUCGGGCGCAUGCUCGUGGUGGCAGCGGAGUGCGACAUGGUGAGGGACAAGGACAUCGAGUACGCCGACCGGCUCAAGGCGAUGGGGAAGGACGUAGAGCUGGCCGUGUUCCCUGGGCAGGAGCACGCCUUCUUUGCAACAAAACCCUUCUCUCCGGCGGCAGACCAACUGCUCACGGUGAUCAAGCGCUUCCUUGAUCAGCGAAAAUAA